UGAUCAGUCAAAGGAAUAUCUGCAGUUUAUUCAUCAAAGGAUAUCUUACAUCGGUGAGAUCAAUAUGACUGGCUUACCAGGAUGGAUAGAUUUAAAGUUACUUCUCCUGUUAGUAUUUACCAUCUCAGAAGUAUCUGCUAGUUGUUGCCACAGUUAUUAUCCUGUUUAUUAUCCUGUUCAUGUUGGAGGAGGGCAAAAGAAAAUCGUAAUCCACAUGAAAAACGACCAUCAUCAUCACCAUCAUCAUGGUCAUGAGCACCAUCAUGGACAUAAUCACGGACACCAUCAUCAACAUGGGCAUCACCAUCAACACGGUCACCAUCAUGGUCACCAGCAUGGUCAUCACCAUAAACAUGGCCACCAUCAUCAACAUGGUCAUCAUCAUGGCCAUCACCAUGCUCAUCAUCACGGGCACCAUCAUGGACAUCACCAUGGACAUCAUCAUGGACAUCAUCACGAUCAUCACCAUGGGCAUCAUCACGGCCAUCACCAUGGUCAUCAUCAUGGCCACCAUCAUGCUCACCAUCAUGGUCAUCAUCAUGGACAUCACCAUGGCCACCAUCAUGGACAUCACCAUGGCCACCAUCAUGGCCAUCAUCAUGGCCACCAUCAUGGACAUCAUCAUGCACACCAUCAUGGACAUCAUCAUGGACAUCACCACGGCCACCAUCAUGGCCAUCAUCAUGGCCACCACCAUGGCCAUCAUCAUGGACAUCACCACGGUCACGAACAUGGUCAUCACCAUGGACACCAUCACGGCCAUCACCAUGGACAUCAUCACGGCCAUCAUCAUGGACAUCAUCACGGUCAUCACCAUGGGCAUCAUCAUGGGCAUCAUCACGGCCAUCACCAUGGCCAUCAUCAUGGUCACGAACAUGGUCAUCAUCAUGGGCACCAUCACGGUCAUCACCAUGGUCAUGAGCAUGGACAUCAUCACGGCCACCAUCAUGGCCAUCACCAUGGUCACCAUCAUGGUCAUCAUCACGGACACCAUCAUGGCCAUCACCAUGGUCAUCACAUGGAUGCACAUGCAACUGAAGUACAUCAGGUCGUUCAUUUCCACCAACUCUUUGGAUUACAAUACUGA